GCGGAUACUGUGCAUACAUACAUUCCUUGCCAUCGCCCAUGAUCACUCAGCAGAGAAGUUUACCGCCGCCGCUUCGGUGGCACUUCGCGGCAUUGUGGAGUGAGUGGUCGCUAGGUAAAACCCAGGUAAUAAUAUAUUACAGUACAGUACAUCACAGACCUGGCGGGAAAGUGUCAUGUCAUUUCCACCCCACUACCCCGUCCAUUAUAUCACACCUGAACCAGAUUUCCAUCCAUGGCAUGUAGACCCUCGAGAAUAUUUCUCUCCCAUCCCAAUCAUUUCAACUUCAACGCCAUCCUCUUCACAGACAAAACCUGUUGGCGAACUCCAGCGAUCCACCAAGACGCCUCUUCUCUUUCUCGGCAUCAGUCCACGGGUCCUCAUUCCAACCCACGCGCUGCGGCGGUUUCGCUUUCCCUCCGUCCCCAGCGGCGCCUGUUCACAUCGCAACAGGGAUCGGCCUGGCCUGCACGACCACGGCCAUUGCUACUCCCAACAUCGUUUCUCCGCGAUCAUUGCCAGGCGCGCUUAGUGAUUGACUUGCUGCCCAAGCCAGAUCGCCUCUGAGACGUUUGCGCCCACGCAUGAAGGCACGAACGUGCUGAAGGUAAAUACGCUGCUUCCUUCCUCCUCAUAUUCCACUCUAUCGGAGCCGCUUAUGCACUGCACGUGUGAUCUUCACGUUGGGCAUCAGCUCUCUCCCUCUC